ACGCAGCUGCACCGGAAGUGUGCUCUGCCAGCUUGGUUCCCCCAGCGGGAAGGUGUGUCCGGCGUGGGUGAAGCAUGGCUGCGGUGCCCCCCGAUACGUGGCAGCCGCCCACUGUUUCUUUGGAGACUACAAUGGGCAUCAUUAUUGUGGAGCUAUACUGGAAACAUGCACCAAAAACUUGUAAAAAUUUUGCUGAACUGGCAAGACGAGGUUACUACAAUGGCACAAAGUUUCAUCGGAUAAUCAAGGACUUCAUGAUUCAGGGGGGUGAUCCAACAGGAACUGGAAGAGGAGGAGCCUCCAUUUAUGGCAAGCAAUUUGAAGAUGAACUCCAUCCAGAACUAAAGUUUACAGGUGCAGGAAUUCUUGCUAUGGCAAAUGCAGGCCCCGACACCAACGGAAGCCAAUUCUUUAUCACGUUAGCACCAACUCAGUGGCUUGAUGGGAAGCACACUAUAUUUGGACGUAUUUGCCAAGGAAUUGGCAUAGUCAACAGAGUGGGCAUGGUGGAAACCAAUGCACAGGAUCGUCCAGUGGAUGAUGUCAAACUCUUGAAGGUUUUCCCAUCAGGCUAAACGAGAUUUGAGGAAUUUUGUGUUGAAUCUAAUGGUAUUCCAUUGUGUUUGGUCUCUUAAGAUGAUAAUUGUUUUGUUCUGAAAGAUAUUUGCUAGUUUUUUUAUUAAAAUGUGUCUUCUAAAAUUAUCAUUAACAUUUCUUCAAAAAUGCAAAGCUAAAUUUAUCAAGAAAUGAUUUGGCCCAUUUGAACAGGGCCUGUACCACCAAAUUAGAGUGCUGUUGCUUUCUAAGCUUUAUUGCUCCUUUUUCAGCACCUAGCAAUUGUAUGCAGCUCCCUGAAUAUGCUCUCAAUUCCUCAAGAGCUCCAGUGUUUAUGUCUUCUCUCAUUUCUGCAGAAAACUUUUAUUUAGAAGCUUCAUAUAGUGAAUCUUUCGCAUGGGCCUGUUCAUCCAGGAAUUCUGUUCAGCAUGGAAGAAUCCCGGCUUGGGGGUGAGAUUGACGGAUGUGGCCCUCCCAUAUCCAGUCAAUUGCCAGGAGAGAAAACAGAUACAUUCACUUUACAUUCCGAAUGAAGGUGAUUUUUUUUUUUCCAGGCUAGGAAGAUCAAAGUAAUCCAUGGAGCUCAGUUCCUCCCUGGAGCUGGAUUAGCCCAUGUCAGCACACAGUUUCUGUGGCACCCUGAUGCCUUCAAAGGCAGAAGGCUCUGGGUUACAUCUGCCUGUGUUUCUUUAAUGAGAGCUUGGGAGUACAAUUUAGCAUUUUAUGAUUUGCACACAAAUUAACUCUGUUCAAGGGUAGCAACAUGAACUUAGGGUAGGACAAAAGGAUGCAAACAGCCCCAUCAAUAUAACUUCCAUGAUUCCAGCUGCUCUGGCAUUAUGAAUAGGGCGGAUUCCUUUGGCUGCUAGCAGCCCCUGUUCUGGAGUCUAUGGCUUCCUACUUAAUUGGCACUGUCGGAGCUGCUUUUGAACAUAACCUUGUUUUCAGGCAUUGGGUUUCUUUGGCCCAGUUCUAGGUGGCUAGAUGCAGAUGUAUGCCCUUGAUCCUGGCAUGUGAGCCAUUUUCCCACAGUAGACAACAUCAAUCAACUUCAAGAGCCAGAGUUGCUAUGUGAUUGGAAUGGGAGUGUAAUGAGGCAUAUAGUUUACUUAGUUUUCUGAGAAUGGGGCAUAACAGAACACUUAACUCAUGGCUGUUGCGGCUGCUCAGGGCACAAAGAAUCUGCUAGUGAUGGGGUGGGACUUUGUCUAUGAAAACUGCAUAAUAUAUGCAAGAAUGCCAUGCUAACCACUAGCACAUGUUAGGAAACUUGAGUUGCUGUUGUUCUGUUACGUGGCCCCUCCCAAAAUGAUUUCAGCAGAUCACAUAACCAUUAUAUACCCAUGUUCAAAACACAGAAGGCUGUAAAUGGUAAUUCUUUUCCUAGUAAUCAGAUUCCCAGGAAUCAGAUUCACAUCGUUGGCAAUCAUUUAUUACAUGGUUAAAAGGCUUGAAAAAGAUCAUAAAAUUGUUUCUCAAAAAGGCAGGAUUUCAUGCCUUCAUGGAAAAGUCCAGUGGUUAUGUUGCAUUGUUGAUCUGGGAAGCAGACUUUCAUGAGCAAUAUUAAUGAACUGAUUUCUCUUGCCUUGUUUAAAUGUUUU